AGGGAUUCACCAUAUUAUACUAGUAUUUAAAGGCCUUCAACUUCAGAUAGAGUUCGUCAUUAAGUUAUGAAUUUAUAACAAGUUUACAAUCUAAAACCAUAGACAGCAUAAAAUAGCCAUAGAAUAGAUAAAGGUUAGCAAGAUGAGUAGCAAAGAUAUUCAACUCCUAUAUAAAAAAAAACUAGCUAAACAUCUACUGUUUAUGCAGCUAAUGUUUAAUAGCAAGCGAAUCCUCAAUUUCAAUCAUCCUCUAAUAAUUUUUACUAGUUUGGUAAAUCUAUAGGCUCUCAAUAAAAUUCUUAUAUUUCUAAAAGCAAAUAAAACCAAAGUAACUAAAAUGAAACUAAAUUGCCACAAUUUUAAACACCAUAGCCAUUAAAAGAAUUAAGUAAAUCUUAAUAGUAGCCUCACAGCUUUGCACAAACAUAAUAUUCAUCAACACAAUACUCAAUACAUUAAUAAAAAUCAAAGUAGCCUUCAUAGGUAAUGCAGAAUUACUUAGGUACGUCUGAAAAAGAAAAAUAAGGAAUGUAAGGCAAUACACAAAUGAAAAUUAAAAAAGGCUAAGAAGUAUCUAAGCGAAUAGAUUUUUCAAAUGAAAGUAAUUUAGAUAAUCUGCUACUUCAAGGCAAGGGUGAAGAGAUAAAAUCAUCCUCCUCUUCUGAAUUUACAUCUUAGUAGGAAUCUCCGGUUUAUGGGGAAAAAUACUCUAACGACUAAUUAAAAUAAAAUGCAAAAUUAAACUCUUAAAACCAAGGCUAAUAAUUAAGUUUAAAGUAAUAAAGGCUUUCUGUCCAAUCAAAUUAAAGAGUGGAUUCCUAUAUAAACUAAUCUAAAUAAUAAUAAGGUGAAAUUACAAAUAAUUAAUAUUCAAGGCCAAAAUCUCCCAACGAAAUAUAUUCUUCACAAAAACAAAAACCUCUUUCAACUUAACCUAAAAAACUUGCAGAGACUUCUGAAAAUUUUUAUAAAUCUACUAAAAGCCCUUACGAGAAAUUAAGUGCUUAGACUCUAAAGAAUUUUUAUAUCAGCAAAUCCAAACCUUAAGAAAAACUCACGGGUAGUAGAAAACGAAUUUAUAGCACAAAUCAAUCAGAUGUUUCCUAUAAUUAAAAACCAUCCACUUCUUUUUCAAAAGCACCUCAAUAGGAUAUAUAUUAAAAUAUUGAUAUUUCUUUAAGCUCAUUAGAUCCGAGAAAACAAAAAUCUUAAAACCAAACUCCUUAUGAAUUCGAAGAUAAUUAAAAUGAAAAAGAAGAAAAAAAAGAAGAUUUUCAUUCUUCUGUAAUUGAUUAUAACUUUGAUUUUGCCUAAUUUUAAAAUAUGCAAAGGCCUCCUUGUCGUAAAAAGCUAAAUACAUUUAAUGUAGAAGGAAUAGGAGCAAAUAAGGGUCCUAUCAAACCUAGGCACGACAUUCAGCUAGGUGAAUCAACUUAAAAUCCUUUAAGACCUCCUUCUAGACAUAAAUUACCACCAAAGAAUUUAGGAUUGGGGUUUAGUGAAUCAGAAGAAAGUGGAGAAGAUAUUCCAGUGAAAGAAAUGUUUCAAAAAACUUCAGUUGAAAAAAAUGAUAUUAUUUUUUCUAAUGACUCAAGCUUAUUGAAACCAAAGAAACUUUCAGAUUAAUUUAACUUAGAUUAAUUUUCCUUACUAAAAAGCUAAGAAGAAUAAAUAUCUAAGACUUUUAAUCUUAAUGAAGACAGAUAAUAAAUAUAAUCAAGAGAGGUGUAGCUGACCCGUCCUAAAUCAAGCCGCACAAAUAGAUCAAAAUCCCAUAUAAGCAAGUAAGGAACAGAAACACAAACUCCAGAAGAUCCCUUAUUCGAUGAUGAUUAUAACAAUAACGAUAUAUUGAAGUAAAAAAAAUAUAACAUAAAUGAAUAUGUGAACUAAUUAGAUGUUAAUGCUGAAGAAUAGCUUGCAAGUAAUCGUAGUCAACUUUAAGAAAAAGCUUAACAUCAACAACAUUAAAAUCCCUCUAUAGCCUCUAAAGUCUUAGUAGGAUCAGACAUAGUUAUUAAACAUAAUGUUGCACGUAAAAAACCUAAUUUAGAAAAGAUAUAAUUACCUUUUGAUACAAAACUUGGGGUAGAAUUUAUUGGUUUAUUUGCUAAUUAUUAAGAAGGUGAAGCAUCUCAAGUCUAAACACCAUAAACUAAUCUACUAAAAGAACAAGAUGCAGAUAAGUUGUUGAGAUAAUAAUAAUAAUAAGCAGCAUAAUAAAAGAAUUUUUAUUCAACUCCUUCUCCUCACUUAGUUUAAUCAUAAGAGUAUGAUUUUGGACGUCAUAAAGAUAUUAAACCAGAUGAAUUUGAUGAUUUCGAAGAGGAAGAAGAGGAGUAAAAAUUUAACCCUCACUGA